AACAAUAUCUCUUCCUUAAUUUCUCUCAAAUUAAUUCCUUUGCAAAAAAAAAAUUCUUAAUUUGUCAUAUUCACAUCACAUAUAUAGUUUAAUAUGCAACCCCAAUUGAACGAUUCAUACUAUGGACCGGCCAUUCCACCGACGGGAGGACAAUCUCGCAAACGCAACCACCGACGUAAAAAUGGUUGCGGUUGUCUCUUUAGCAUUCUAUGGAAGCUUCUACUUGCACUGGUCGUCCUUUUUGGUCUUACCAUUCUUAUCUUCUAUCUUAUUGUUCAACCUCGCCCCUUCAAGUUCUAUGUAGCAAAAGCCGAACUAACCCAAUUUGAUUACACCAACAACACACUACACUACAACAUGGUGCUCAACUUCACAGCCCACAACCCAAAUAAAAAACUCAGUAUCUACUACGAUAAAGUUGAAGCACAAGCAUCAUAUGAAGGGUCGAGGUUUGCUAAUGUAGAUGUGAUCACACACAUGAAGUCAUUUCGCCAAAACAAGAAAAGUAGUAACCCCAUGAGUGGCGUUUUCUCAGGACAUAAAUUGUUGGUGCUUAACAAUGAUCAAAUCUCUAAAUUUAACAAAGAUAAGAAUGUCAGAAUUUAUGAUAUCUAUGUAAAACUCUACUUCAAGAUUAGGUUCAAACUCGGAGACUCGAUAACUCGUACGUAUAAACCUAAGGUCAAAUGUGACCUCACUAUUCCUUUGAGAACCGGCUAUGAAACUAACUUUACCUUCAUUCGACUCAUACCCACCAAGUGCAGUGUUGAGUUCUAG